AUCCUCACGCACUUACUUCCCCCACUCUGUUGGACUUCUCCUUUUCCCUCUAGAGAGAGAGAGAGAGAGAGAGAGAGAGAGAGGCGAAGGUCAGAUCUCCCUUGCUAUUGAAUCUCCUUGUUUCUGCUCAGUUAACGAGACGCCUUGUAAUUGCUCAGCUACUUGGAGAUUCAAGUGGGAGUUAACAUUCCGAAUUCCCAAUGCUAGCUCUCAGUUCUUAAGACUUGUGAUUCUAAACGGAAUAUAUUUGUAGUGGCUAUACAUAGAAACAAUGGACAGGGAUAAUGGUUCUGGUGGCCCAUCAACACCUAGUGGACCUACUGCAAGGUUACGUCGGCGGAAAGGCUCAACUGAGGUCGCUCCAGAAGUUGAAACAAACGGCGAUCGUUUACUUUUAAAUGACCGUAACAAGUAUAAGUCAAUGUUAAUCCGGACAUAUUCAACUGUCUGGAUGAUUGGAGGAUUUGUCUCGAUAAUAUACUUGGGUCACCUUUAUAUAUGGGGUAUGGUAGUGGUUAUUCAAAUAUUUAUGGCUAAGGAGCUGUUCAAUUUGCUUAGGAAGGCACAUGAAGACCGGCAACUCCCUGGUUUUAGGCUCUUAAAUUGGCACUUCUUCUUCACAGUCAUGCUUUUCGUAUACGGUCGUAUUCUCAGUCAAAGACUUGUCAAUACUGUGACUAUGGACAAAUUCUUGUAUAAGCUGGUGGGCAGACUUAUAAAAUAUCAUAUGGUGACCUGUUAUUUCUUGUAUAUCGCAGGUUUUAUGUGGUUUAUCCUUACAUUGAAAAAGAAGAUGUACAAGUAUCAAUUUAGCCAAUAUGCUUGGACACACAUGAUUUUGAUUGUGGUGUUUACACAAUCAGCAUUUACAGUGGCUAAUAUUUUUGAAGGAAUAUUCUGGUUCCUUCUUCCAGCAUCACUUAUUGUCAUCAAUGACAUUGCUGCUUAUAUUUUUGGAUUCUUCUUCGGGAGAACUCCUUUGAUCAAGCUCUCACCAAAGAAAACAUGGGAAGGCUUUAUUGGAGCGUCUUUUGCUACUAUGAUCUCUGCCUUUGUGCUGGCAAAUGUAAUGGGUCGCUUUCAGUGGUUAACAUGCCCAAGAAAGGAUUUGUCGACUGGUUGGCUAGAAUGUGAUCCUGGUUCAUUGUUUAAGCCUGAAUAUUAUACUGUGCCACAGUGGUUUCCUGAAUGGUUUCCAUGGAGAGAGAUUUCUAUUUUACCUGUGCAGUGGCAUGCAUUAUGUCUUGGUCUUUUUGCAUCAAUUAUAGCACCUUUUGGAGGCUUUUUCGCCAGUGGCUUUAAACGGGCUUUCAAGAUCAAGGAUUUUGGAGAUAGCAUUCCUGGACAUGGUGGUAUCACAGACAGAAUGGAUUGCCAGAUGGUGAUGGCCGUCUUUGCAUACAUAUACCACCAAUCGUUCAUCGUACCACAAAGCCUGUCAAUCGAGAUGAUCAUGGACCAGAUUCUAAUGAACCUGACGUUUGAGGAGCAGAGAGCUCUGUACACGAAACUCGGGCAGAUAAUUAUGGAGAAGCAGUUCGGAGAAUCCUAAAUCUCCAAGCCGUUGCUUUCGGUAGCCAUGUGUUUUUAGUUCUAGUUUUGAUUCUUCUUUUUGUGAAACUCAGUUGCCAUGUACAUGUCUUGUUUUUUUAUUCAUUUCUAUAUAUACUUUGUGAUAAUGUUGAAUUUAGGUGCUGGUAUUGUAUAGCACUUUGAUAGUUGAUUGAUUAGUUACGAUGCCUUCUAA